UUACUGACUGAUGGAGGGAAUGGAUUUAGGGAAGCCAUAUUUUAUGGAAGUUCUAGAACUGGUAUUAGCAUGAUUAAUAUGAAGCCAUGGUCAGAGAGAGGUUAGCUGAUAAAGGGUUUGGUAGACAGCCAAAUUGCAGCCUUGUGUUGAAGAUGUUUCUUUGGAGGAAUUGAUGAACUUGUCUAACAUUUUAUAGAAUUAAUCUUGAUGAAGACAAAUGCUUCGAGUAACUUCUAGGCCUUAAAACCCUGAAAGAUUUUCUCGUUGAACAUUAUACACAAGGUUGGUCAUGGUUUAUCCGGUCCUUUCUCUUUCUCACUUUCUCCCUCUCUAGAAGUUCGGAGGCUGAAGAGAUUGUAAACUAACUAACUUGUAUUCCAGCCACUCCAUUUAAAAAAAAAAAAAAUCCCCCUUUGUUUUGGAUUGAAAAGUAUUACAAUCUAAGGGCAAAAAGAGGAUCUUAGAGGUUUUCCUGUUCUAAGCUACUGUCAAGCAGUUACCUUUGCCUAUCAAAUCCUAAUGAACAACACAAUUUAUAAACUACCUAUCAAAUUAAUAAAAAGAUAAUCCUUGCAUUAUUGAACUGAGAAAUCACAGUGAAUUCAUUUCCUACUAGUUAUCAUAAAAGCAAAUUCCUAAUGAAGUGAUGUUUUCAUACAACCAGACUAAAUGCACACUGAACCCAAUUUUGAUUUACAUCUAAUCCUUGAAUUAUGGAUUCAUCCACCAAUAAACACUUGGCAAUUUUUUCUUUAAACCUGAAAUUUUCAUCUAGUAUACAGUCUAAUAAUUCUUGUAGAUCUUCACUACAGUGAUUGCAAUGAAUGGAUUCCAUCAAGGGAAUAGCUUAUCUCAUAUAGCAUCGUGACCUUUCUAAGAUUACAAAUUUCCAACCCCAAAAUGGGACAUCUAACUUUAAUGAAGCAUUUAUAAUACAACAGUCUUACUGAUUUGGCAUGUUAAGGUGAAUGCAAUCCGGAAUUGAGUCCUUUAAGCAGUUAAUACUUACCUGUCUUUCACUAGACUUACAGCAGUUAAUACUUACCUGUCUUUCACUAGACUUACAUUUAGUAGUUGUAAUGGUGUAUAUGUUGCCCACCUCAAUCAUGUUAAAUGUAAUCUAAGUUCACCAUGUUCUAAACAAUAAUCUAGAAUCUAUUUGUCCAACAAUUUAGAUAUGCCAUGCCAUCAAAAGGAAAUUGUGUUAUAUCUACUACCAGCAGCAACAGCAAUCCCAAGCCUUUAGUAUGCUAUGUGGGGUCAGAUACAUGAAUUCUAGGCUUUGAAUCAUUUGUAUCUAUGGUCAUAUCUUCUAUUAGCCCAUUAUCUGCUAUGUCAUGUUUAAAGGUUUCUUAGUAGGUUUUCUUUGGUCCAAAUAUAUAAUUUCAACAGGUGUCCUUAGUGCACAAGGCUCCCUGCUUUUCGAGGAUUGUUUUUAUGCUCAACCGUACUCUUGCUUCGCAUAAAAUUUGUUUCCACAAUUUGAAUCCACAACUUAUCUGUCACAAAAGGGCACAAUUACAGUCAUGUAUGGUUAGUUAUAUAAUCUACUAAGUGCACAAUUUCACUCAAGACUACAAAUGAAUUUAGUUCGUGUGCAUACACAAUCUACCUAAAAUGCAUUGCAUGGACCUAAUAACAUGUCAUGUACCAAUACAAUUGCUAACAAAGCACGAAUAGAUGAUGACAUACAUAAUAACAAUGCCAUAACUAUGCCUUAAAAAGUAAAUACCAUCCAACAUCCAAGUGAGCCAAUUCUCUUUCAUGUCUGCACGCCAUUUAGCAUAUUAUUGCUGCAUGGUUGUGGUGGCAUGCUAUUGUGCAGCAAGCAAGAGGUGGUGGUAGAAUGUGUAGGAGUACUGUUAUUGGGCUAUUGACAAAGACUACAAUAGUGGCUGAAGAUGUUACUUAUAAUGUGUUCUUGCCCAUGGUGGUGGCUCACUCUUUAUCAGAAAACCCAGUUUUGAUGUCUGCCGCAGAACAAAUUUUUAGUGCUGGUGGGAAGAGGAUGAGGCCAGCUUUGGUAUUUCUAGUGUCAAGAGCAACAGCAGAACUUGCAGGCUUGAAGGAACUUACCAAAGAACAUAGGCGCUUGGCAGAGAUUAUUGAGAUGAUCCAUACUGCAAGCUUGAUACAUGAUGAUGUAUUAGAUGAAAGUGACAUCCGCAGAGGAAAGGAAACGGUUCAUCAACUCUAUGGUACAAGAGUGGCAGUGCUUGCUGGGGACUUCAUGUUUGCUCAGUCAUCAUGGUACCUAGCCAAUCUAGAAAAUCUUGAAGUUAUAAAGCUCAUAAGUCAGGUUAUUAAAGAUUUUGCUAGUGGAGAAAUAAAGCAGGCAUCCAGUUUUUUCGACUGUGAUGUCGAACUGGAUGAGUAUCUAAUAAAGAGCUACUAUAAAACAGCCUCUUUAAUUGCGGCUAGCACCAAAGGAGCAUCAAUUUUUAGCGGGGUUGACAGUAGCGUUAGCGAGCAGAUGUAUCAGUUCGGGAAGAACCUUGGUCUGUCCUUCCAAGUAGUUGAUGACAUAUUGGAUUUCACACAGUCAGCAGAGCAGCUGGGUAAGCCGGCUGGAAGUGACCUGGCGAAAGGGAACCUUACAGCACCGGUGAUUUUUGCGCUUCAGAAAGAACCAAAACUGAGGGAGCUUAUUGAAUCUGAAUUCUGUGAGACCAGCUCCCUAGACGAGGCAAUUCAACUAGUCAAGAGGCGUGGGGGCAUCGAGAGUGCCCGAAAUCUAGCAAAAGAGAGAGCCGACCAAGCAAUCCAAAACCUUCAAUGCCUUCCUCAGAGUGCGAUUCGACGAGCAUUGGAGGGAAUGGUGAAGUAUAAUCUAGAGCGGAUUGAUUAGAAACUUGUCUUGAGCAGAGAAUGUGAUCAGACUUGAUGCUUAAACCAUUCUAACAUGCAAGGUGAGGGCUUGAAGAUUAUCAUCAAAUGAAGCCCCUCUUCAGCAAGUGUUCACGCUUGCUUUGACAAGCUACUUGAGAUUGGAUAUGUCUUCACAACAAAUGGGAAAUACCCAUAGUUGUUAAAUUAAUAUUCAAAUUGAGAAUCGAAAUCUUUAUUUUAUGAAUCGUGAAUUGAGAAUUGAAUCGAAUUGAAUCAUAA